UGAACGACGUUGUGUUGCAGUAGUGUUUCUCACGAUAAAAGUCAGAUAGAUCGCUGUUUAGGUUAAGACAAAUUCUAACAAUCUGCGAAUACAAAGACUCAGAGAAGUAUCGAAGUUCUUUUUAAGUACUGAUUUUAAAAGCUGGGAUGAAGAAUUUUCCAAUUAACUUUAGCUUAUUUAAUUGCAGGUAUUGGAAAUUCCACAGUAAAAAGGAAGACAUAUUUAUUAGACAUCGAAGUGCAAUAAGCGGUAGACAAAUACAUUUAAAUUGUCCUUAAUUUAACAGGUUUUGAAUAAUUCUAUGUGUAUCUGAAUUUAAUCGCAUUGCAAAGAGAUUUGCAUUUUGCACUGCUUCGCGUCGUUGAAGGUUGAGUUUGUGACGGGCCGCUGUGUUCGCGGCUGAAGGGGAGGGUUUGUUUGUUGGGAUAGGGUAGGGCUAGUUCUAACUUAGCUAGCAGCUAGAUAACUGUUUAUUCAAGUUCCAUAAAGGUUGAUACGUCUGGAAAGCGUAACUUCUAUGCUUCCUUGAAAUUGUCUGUGCGAUAUUGCUAGCUGGUUAGAUUUAUCCUGUGAGAUAGUUACUGUGCCUAUUAUGUUGAUGGUGUAACCAAAAGGUCAGUAGGCCAAUUAUUAGCUAACGUUACCGCCAACCAACGUAAACCUUUAUUGUUUGGGGUCUGACAGUUAGCUAGGUCGUGUUAGCUAAGUUAUCUAGUCACAUCAGGUAACUCAGGACUGUUGAGUUUCACUCCAACGUUGUCUUUUGACGGGUUGAAAAGAAAAAUGAAACUUUUAGAGAAUUCAAGUUUUGAAGCCAUCAAUUCCCAGCUCACAAUUGAGACAGGAGACUGUCAGAUCAUUGGAAGGAUCGAGAGCUACUCCUGUAAAAUGGCAGGAGAGGACAAGCAGAUGUUCAAGCAAUUCUGUCAGGAGGGCCUUCCUCACGUUUUGGAGGCCCUGUCACCUCCUCAAACCGCAGGCAUUAGUCCCAAUAAACUGAGCCACAGUCAGAGCGGAGAUGAAGGUGAAGGUCCACUGUCUGACAAGUGCAGUAGGAAAACCCUCUUUUACCUGAUUGCCACCCUUAAUGAGUCCUUCCGCCCAGACUAUGAUUUUAGCCGGACCAAAGGGCACGACUUCAGCAGAGAGCCCAGCCUGAACUGGGUGUUUAAUGCUGUGAAUAGCAGUCUGUCUGCAGCAGCAGGAGAGGCCUAUAGCAGACUGCAGCCUCUCCUCUGGGAGGCCAUCGAUACAGAGAUCUGCCUCUCUGAGUGUGACAUUUACAGCUAUAACCCAGACUUGGACUCAGACCCUUACGGUGAAGAGGGCAACCUGUGGUCCUUCAACUACUUCUUCUACAACAAGAAACUGAAGAGGAUUGUGUUCUUCACCUGCCGCUCAGUCAGUCUCUUCAUGGCUCCACGAGAUUCUGGGAUCGGGAACGAUCUUGAUCUAGAGCUGGACGAAGACUAUGAGGAAGAGGAGAACAUGGAUGAGGAGAGGUGUGGAGCUGUGUGUGCACAGUGAGGAUGAGGAUGAGGCUGAAGCCGCCUUCUGCCUGCGCAGAUAAAGUCUAGAGUUGGGAAUGACGGUCCCCCAUCCCAUUCCUCUGCACUUCCACAACUCCGUAUUUGGGUCACAACCCUGAGUGCCACCCUCAUGAUUUCGUUCGUCCUUGUGAAUCCUCUGUAAGCCAGAUGGCAAGCAGCUCUUGACUUGGUGUGUGUGUGUGUAUGUGAGAAGGGGGGGGGGUCUCUCUGGGGUACUGAUUACUGACCCCCUUCUGUUUUAUCACCAUUCUGCAUACACACAGCUGUUUGCUGUGUGUUAUGUUUUAUGUUUAUAUCUGACAUGUAUGUAGACAAAACAUCUAUGAGGGUAUUUUGGAAGAAAGGGGAGAUUGUCUCCACACUGACUUCUCACCUAGACUCCCAUGUUUAAUAGCAUAGAGUAAUUAAAACAUGUAGUAUCGUAAGUCAGGGUGAGGACAUUCUAUGUUUGCUUUCUCUGACAGCCUCUUGUUUUUAUGUCCUGCACUCGACCCCAGUCUUGGGUGGGAUGUGCACAUUCCUCUUAAAGAAAUGGAUUUGGACGCUACAUUACUCCUUUAUCCCAUCUGUGUUAGACAGAUUUCAGCACUAUUGUUUUUGUUUUGUAUGUCAUCCAAACAUAAUAUUUUUGCCAUUCCAAAGAUUUACGGAUGGGGUGGAACAGGCGGUGUAGUUUUAUUGGACACCACAAGGGGGCACAAUCUACCAGCAACUGAAUUUGAUGAUCAAGCGAUGCUUUGAGUUGACUGAUCAGUGUUCUUUUCGAGCACCAGUACUGUUUUUUUUCAACUAGUGUUAUUUUCUUUCAUGUCCGUUGUUCUUAUACAUGCAUGUUCUGUUUCAAAUGUUACUGCAGUAAUAUCAUGUUGAAUAUGUUGUCUUUAAUGACAUUAUUUUCAGCACACUCUAUCGUGGAAAAACAACAAACAAACAGGUGCUGUCUAGAAUUGCUAAAGGAUAUUCAGCUUAUCCAUACAGGAGAACCUGUAAAGGAUAGCCUGUUAAAACCUGUCGGAGUUCUCCUUCUAGGACAAACUAAAUAAACCUUAAGGGUUCCACGUAGCGGCUUGUUUACAUCAUAUGCUUUCCACCUUGUGGCAGUGCUCAACACACCAAAGCCUCCUGCGUGCAAUUCAUAUAACCUAAUUCACAUAUCUUUUUAAAUAAGGUGUUUUGCUUUUAGAUGUGUUGCUUUUAGCUAUUAUGUUAAACUUAUAAAUGGUAUUCACAAGAAGGUGGUGUUUGCAUACAAUGCUUCUAUGUUAAGCGUUUGUAGCAAGAGAGAGCUCCUAUAGCUGUGUGAGUGGUAUUUAUUGUUCUGUAUUUAAAGUGUCUCUCUUGAUGCCCUUAAUUCCUGAUAUGUUUUCAUGUUUUCUUUUAUUCUGUUCCAAGAAAAAGGAUACAUAGAGGGUAUUUGUCUUUUUUAUUUGUUUUGUUUUGAUUUGUUUUUAAUCCCUACCCCCUGUGUCAGGUUGUGAAAAAGUUUGUUUUGAGCUGUAUACAGCUUAUGGUUGUUUUUCCCCCAAUAAUGUUAAUUCCAUUGAGACACAAACAAGAGGGAUUUUCUGAUGUUUGAGACUGUUUGUCCAGUAUAGCUGCAAAACCGUGUUUUUUCUCAUAUUGGAAAAGUGUUUCAUCAUCUCCUUGUUUUGUUGUUUUUGCGUGUCUGUUUAUCAAUAGCCAUUAUGUUUUUUUUAUUAUUAUAUUUAGCAAACAGAUGCUUUAGGCAACUGUUACAUCACAACAUGAAAACUUGGUUGUGUGCGUGUGUGGGAGAGUCAUCAUCUUUGUUGAUGCCUCUGAAAGGUUGUUGCUGGAGCUGCGUGCUGUCAGCAUCUUAUCCCCUUCUUGUCAGCAUUUUAUCUUGAUCUGCGUUGCAAACAGCACGGCUCUCCGCAAAUCUAGCCUCUGUUUUCACAACCCUGUCAAGUAGUGUGAAUUGGGCAGUCUGUGGGCUGCAAGUUCCACCCUGAUAAAAAAUUUUGAUCAGCUUUGAGGCCAGCUUUGUAGGUUAGUGUAGGUGCUGGUCUCUUCAGUAUUUGAGUUCUGUGGUGUGGACAUACAUUCCCCCUGCAUUAAUUGAGCACCGUUGGUGUUUCGUUUUUAGUCACUCUUAGGCUCUGUGGCACCGAGUGGGUGUUUGUGGAACAGGCGACCGUUGUCGCCCACCUCUCUCUGGAGAAUUGCCUGAAACGCUUCCUGACAGAAUGAAAAUAGCCAUGGCUGUUUUUUUUUUUUUUUUUCUUUUUCUUUUUUUGUUACUUACAAAAUGUCCAAAAACAAGAGGUUGGCAGCGUAUGUUUCACUGACAUGAUUUGGUGCUUUGGAAUUCCUCUGUUGUCAUCUGCAGUGAUGAGUGUUGGCAUCCCACUGAGCUUCUUGUGAUCUAGCAGGUAUUUGUGGAAGUGAGGGUUCUUUUUUAAACGCUACUGACAGACGUGUUCUGUUUGAUGUUAUCUAUGACUAACAGGCGAGUGUGAAGAAGUCAGAAAGUACUCAGAGUAUGAACGUUGAUUUUAUUUUAGCGACACUGCCUAAUAACUUAUAAUAAACUGACUCCAGAGGAGUACAAGGCAGACCUCCCUCCUCGAAAAGAAGGGUGAAAAAGAGGUCAUAAGGUAGAGAGAAUAGUUUUUGUUUGGCAGAUAGUCUCAGAACAACACUGAACACCUCAUGAUACUGGCAGCUUUUGUGAAGUCUUAAGGAUUGUAUAUUUUUGUUCUGUAAUAAAAAAUUAAAUUAA